UUUAUUUAAAUUAAAAAAAAAAAAAGGUUUCACUUCUGCAGCCAUGCUAGUGUGUUCUGUGUUAGCGGAACAACAUGAGAAAGGGACACACUGGCUAAACAUAGCCAGUUGGCAACAUACUGCGUUUGUGUGAGUGCCAGAGCAGCGCGAGGAUGAGCAUUUGUAACAUGUUGACGCAGCUAGCAACCAGCUAACGUUAGCAAACACGAAGCUACCCUGUGGUCGCGCAGCAAGGUUAAUGACCCAAACUUUUGCCUCAACCAAAGCAGGAGGAGCUUGGUGAAAAGAGGAUGGAUGGAGUCAGCUGGAGCGCCACCAGGGCCCAGGAGUCGUUCAACCGACCCACAACCGCCGCAGACACUCUCUCCAAGCUCGCCAGCUUCAUCGCACGGUCUGAGACAAAACCACACGCAGGAAACCAGAGGCAGCAACCAUCCCACCUAGCCACAUAUGUUUGUCCAGAAUGUGGUAAGGGCUUCCCAUAUGCCGCAGACCUGUUGCACCACCAGGAACAGAAGCACACGCUACCUAAGCCUCACCGGUGUCCCUCCUGUGGACAGGAGUUCUCUCUGAGGUCGUCCUUACAGUUACACAGGUGUCCUGCAUGUACAAAUCACACCCCGGAUCCUAGCAGGCUACAGGACAAGUCACCUCACCGCCAGCCUCACCUCAUGGACAGUAGCCCUUAUGCAUGUGCCCCGUGUGGAAGAGGCUUCAGCCAGAAGCAGGCUUUGCUGCACCAUCAGCAGGCUGGUUGUAAUGAACCACCAUCCCCAUCAGAUAUAGUGGAUGCUAGUAGCCUUCCAGAUGACUCUCCACCAGCAUCUGAGGGAGACUCCACCCGCUCAGAUUCUUCAGAUACACCAGGGUUGGGCAGCAGAACUGCGAAAAUGUGCCAGUUCUGUUCAAGAAUCUUCCGCACAGAGGCUGGACUGCAACGCCAUAAACAGACCAGCCACACAGAGGAAUGGCUGAUGACUUCACUGGGACAAAAGACCAAAGCAGGUGGGACUGGUGGAGAAGUGACAAAAGGAGAGAAUAGAAAGGUGUGUGUAGAUCCAAUUAAUAGGCCAAAGUCUAAAAACAAGCUUCUGAGCUGUCGCUCUUGCGACAUGGUUUUCAGGAGCACCUCUAAGCUGUACCUGCACAGAAAAGAGAAGCACAGCAGGGAGAAAAAUAUCAGAGAGCCAAGGCCAGUCAUGAGCAAGUGCAGGAGAAGAGGCACGUAUCCAUGUCAGGUCUGUGGAAAAAUCUUCUUCCAUCAUUUGUCACUUAGAGCACAUUACAAACAGCACUCAGCCUCAAGCUUCACCUUGAUCAAAAAUACAAGCCAGUCCGUAGGAUGUACCACCAAAGACUACAGCUUAACAGAAGAUAGACCAAACAAAAUAAAAAUGAACCUAGCAGAUAACAAGACUGUGAGGGCUGGUCCAAGGACGCCUGGGAAAGUGGCCGUGGUUACUUAUCCAGAGCGAUGCCGAGAAUUGCCAGAGGUGGCGAAGGCGGCGGCGGUGGUGGUGGUAGACGAGGAGGAGGAGGAGGAGGAGGAGGAAGAGGAGGUUGAGAGAGAGUUCCCAUGCCCCUCCUGUGCAGAGGUUUUCUCUCUGCAGUCACAGCUAAGGGAGCAUGUGGAGCUCCACCAGUCCGCCGUGAAGAGGAGGCAGUGCAGUGUGUGCACAAAGGAAAUGGACACCUGCAAAUGGCCGGGCUCAAAGAGACACAGGCUGUACCACUGUGUGCCCUGCCAGCAGGGCUUCUCAGCACUGGACUCUUUCCUAGAACACUGUCAGGAGCACCUGCGAGUCAGGGUGGAGGAGGACAGUAUCACAGAGGGCUACACACAUCCAGCCAGCAAAGCCUGAGAUUCACUGUGAAUGUCAUCAGUGAUUGCCUUUUUGCCUUGAAGAGUUAGAGAGCAGAUAGUCAUGAAAUCUGUUAUUCUUUUUGAUGAACCAGUUAAUUGAUUGAAGCAUUCAGAACAUGUUUUACACCUCUGCUUUUGGUUGAAUGUUAUCUACACCAAUAUAUCAAGGGUUAGAGAGAAUUGAUUGUUAAAGGAACAUACCAGGGGUUUUGCGUGUUUUAUAUUGCCCUUUACUAUGAAUCACAUAUACUUUACUGCCAACCAGUUUCUAUAACUUACCAUAGUUCUGUUCAGAUUUUCAAGUGUUCUGUGACUAGUCACCUGUUUCUUUUUCAGUACAUAAUUUUAUUCAGUUUGUGACCACAAACUGGGGGUGGCAUGCAGAAACUAUAAUGUUUCUUUGAUAGAGUUUGGCAUGACUGACACACCAUGGUUUUGUACAGAUUACUUUGAUUCCCAAAACAUCUAAAGUUAAAGGGACAGUUCACCCAGUAGUGCUCUUUAUCCAUCUAGGCUUAUCACCACUAAAAAGUAAACAUGAAUGCACUCAUUGAUAAGAGGAGCUAACUAAACUAGCAAAAUGUUACAGCUCAGCUGAGGAGGAGGGAUCCUUACAUGCCGCACUGUACGAGCCUCUCGUCCACGAGUAGAUGCAUACUGCUGUGAAAAUAGAAAAUAGGUUCUAUAUGGAACAGCUCACAGUAAGGUCUGUGAUUUAUCGUGGAUAACAAGGUCACAGUCAAACUACAAGUGGCGUGCCUAUCUCAACUCACACCAAGACAAUCUAGAUGGAUAAAAAGCACUACAGGUAAAAGGAAAACUCCCCAUUGAGAUUUGACUCCAGGCCAUCUGCACAACCAUAGCCAAAGCACUGCCAGAGAUGUGUUGUAGCUAGAGUCUAUUUUUAAACCAGACAUCUGGAGUGUUUUAGCUAUCAUCAUAAAUGUCUUCUGCUGUAUUGUAGUUCUUUUUCUUGCAGUUUCGGCAAUAAUUGAUCAUAGAUUGGUGGGAACUCUGGUGUGUCACUUUUUGGACUGUCACUGGACCUGGCUAUCUGCACUAACUUUGUAGCCCUGCUCAGAGCACUAGAUGGAAGUUAAGCUCUUUAAAUCCCAAGGUAUGAAUAAAAUCACAAGUGUGAAAUGUUUUGAGCGUUUUCAUGUGCUGUUGAAAGCUUCCAACAUCUCGCAGUGGUCAUAAUAUAUGGAAUGAACAAAUAUGUAAUGGCUGUCAUUGAUGGUAAUAUCUAAAACCAUACCUUUUCAUUAUCGCCUGUUUUUGUAGCUGGCAUGAUUGGAUGAUAUUACCUAGCUAUGCAAACCGAUAAACUGGCAGCCCUUCAGUUUGUGUGAUGCUUGAAGUGUUCUUUGGUGAAUGAACAAGGAUCAACUAGG